AUGCUAUCAACGAGAUGUAAUAGAUUAUUAAGAUAUAAUACAUUGUUGUUGACUCAUAAACAGACGACAACAAUGAUUCCUGUUGCUGGAGUAAUGAUCGAUACACAACAUAACAGCAAUAACAUAGUAUAUCAACGUUGCGACUACUCUAGUAAUAACAACAACAAGGAUGAACAAGACAUAUUCGAACAGAAGAAAGCUGACUUCUUUAAGAAUGUACUGAACAAGAAGAUGACAAAGGAGCAACUAGAGCAACGUGAACAAGAUGAGAAACAUCUGGCUCAACAACAAUCACCAUCCCAAAAAUCACAUCAACAACAACAACAAUCACAGACACAUCAACAACAACGACAAGUAAUGAAUAAUGAAGAAGAAGAAGAUAAGAUAUACGAAAGACUUGACUUGUCCAAACCAAUGAACCCAAAGGAAGAGCUGGAAACAUUGCUGGCGAGGAUCAUUGUGGACAAGGAUCACAUCAACUCACAGAGUGAACAACAGCUCAUCGAUAAGAUCACUGAAUCACUCAUGUCAAAAGAAGACGUCAUGACGAUAAACGCAACAUGCGACAAACAGUUCCAAGAGGCACGCGGCCACUAUGUCGCCGGCUUCCACGACAAGGCCCUGCACAUGUUCAAGCAGAUCGACGCGCGACACGGCAUGACCAACAUCUUCCUGGGCAACAUCUACUUCACGGGCAUCAUACAUGGCACGCCCAACAUGCAGCUGGCCUACCAGCACUUUGACCGCGCAGCACAUGCCCGCGUGCCCGUGGCCUUUGGUAUGCUGGGUGAGAUGUUCUUGAAGGGCUUUGGCAUGGACCUGCCCAACCCACAACGAGCGCGAACGUACUUUGAUGUGGCCGCGUCCAUGGCGCUCAAGUCGUCGAUGGAACAGCUGGUAUUCAUGGUGAUCAAUCAGAUUGGAGGCGAGUUCAACCUGGCCAAGGCAUCAUAUUAUCUCAAGCAGUUGGCGCAGCUCAAGGGAGACGUGCAGGCCGUCGUCACCCUGGGCGGCAUCCUAUUCGAACAGGACAGGUCCAUUGCCGUUCAACUGUGGACAUUUGCCUCGCGCCUUGGCAACGCCGAUGCCAUGUACUACCUUGGCCGAUACUAUUACACGCGAUCCAUCCCCGACUACAAUCACGCCUUCACCCUGUGGUCCAAGGCCUCUGAGAUGGGCAACGCCAACGCACAGUUCUGUCUGGGAGGCAUGUACGACAUGGGCCUGAUCGUCGAGCGCAACAUACGCACGGCCAUCCAGCUGUACGAGGCGUCGGCGCUACAGGGCAAUGUUAACGCGCAGUUCCUGUUGGGCAAGUUCUACCUGCAAGGCCAAGGCAUCGAGGUCGACGUGGCUGAAGCGACCAAGUGGCUACAGAUGGCCGCCAAGCAAGGUGACAUGGCCGCCAUCCAACUCAUACAGGAAAUGAAUAAUAAGGACGAGGAG